CCUUGUUGGUAUUUCAACUGAUGUUAUCGAUGUAUACUAAUGAUUAUCCAGGGAAUAGCCUAUCGGAGUACGGUGUAUCACUAGCCAAACGAGAGCUCUCCCGAAUAUCAAGAAAAAGUCCAGACGAUCAGCCAGCCGCUCAUCAAGAAACCACCGAGGAACAAGCACACUCUUAGAGAUGACAAUCACCCUGAUGCGAAUGCUCGACUCACACCCAAUCCUCCAAUUCUCACAACCAACCCUCUGGCACUCAGACCUCCACAUGGGAAACAUCUUCGUCGCACCGGAUAACAACUCCCGAAUCACAUCCUUCCUCGACGUCCAAUCUCUAUCCAUCCUUCCACUCUUUUUCCAGGCCCGUUGGCCAGUCUUCCUAAAGCCUCCCCGGGAUUACAGCAAGGGUCUUGUCCAUCCCAAACUCCCCGAAGACUUCGACACCCUAGACGAAGAGGACAAGGCAUUCAGUCGACAAAAGUACGAUCAAGCCAUGCAAGCAAAAGCAUACGAGAUCCGCACAUUCCUCGACAACAGACCCGCGCACAACGCCAUGGCCGCUGAGCCCCGCCUCUUCCGAGACCUCUUCACCUGCGCCGGUGAAGUCUCUACUUCUAGUACCGGAAUCAUCCCACUCCGCGAAUCCCUCCUCGAAAUAUCCCAGCACUGGUCCGACCUCGGCUUCCAGGGUGAUUGUCCGUACUCAUUCACCCCGGACGAGAUUGCCGCGCAUAAACGGGAUUUCGCGGCGUAUGAAGAGCGGAAUGACCUUCGGCGGCUUGCGCUGGAGGUGUUGGGUACGGAUGAUGAGGGGUGGAUUGCGCCACAGGUGGAUUUUGAGCGGGUGCGAGAGAUGAAUAAGGAGUUGGUGGAGAUGCUUAUUGCGCAGUGGGAAGGGGUGACGGAGGAGGAGGUCAAGAGGAUGUGGCCGUUUCCGGUGGAAUGAUGCUGAUACUCUGACAGUUAUAUCGGGCUCCUUGUCAAAUGUAGCUUUGGCUCUCCCCUCGACUCUUGAUAGGUUGUAAUGAUAUACUCAUCUUCACU